AUGCGCCGCAUUCCACCUUCACUCUUCCGCUAUGCCAGGCGGGGCAUUCCGAGCCCUUCCCCGCGGAGUUUCGUCACUUCGGCCCAGCGGCUCCAAGCCAACCACUCUGAUGCUUCCGAGACAAUGGCUGCUAUGUCAAAGUUCAAUCAAGCAGCCAGAGCUGAAAAUGUUCCCAGUUUGGAAAUACCUGCCGCCCAAACCCCCGAAGAGCAGCAACCCUAUCUUGAACCAUCUGCGGCUGAGACCCUCGAAGAGCAGCGGGCCUAUUUCCCUCAUCGGAAGACUAUGAGGAGAUCGCCGGGCCCAAUUUUAAGAACGAUAGGGGAAGCGGAUAUGACGGUUUCGAAGAUGCAUAGGAAACUCACAAUAGAGGGCCUGGAUACUGAACCAAUCUCAUUCUCAUAUCUCUAUCUUCGAGAUCUCUGUAAAUGCCCCCGAUGUGUGGACCCCCACUCGAAACAGCGGUCAUUCCGUACCAGCGACAUAAACAAACUUAUUGAACCAAGUCAUAUCCGCUGGGAUGGCGAAUACCUAGAAAUCACUUGGGAUGAUUCAAUUCCGGACCAUGUGUCUCGUUGGCAUUAUUCAUAUCUCCAAAAUCACCCAAUCAAUACUCACGAUGCUUAUACCAGAGGGAAUGAGCCUAUGACAUGGACUGCCAAGCGUAUGGAGGAGGUCCAACACUGGGUCUCCUAUGAAGACUACAUCAAUAACAAUGAAAAGUUUACCAUUGCCAUGCGCAAUUUACAACGGACCGGGCUUAUAUUCGUCAAGGAUAUUCCGGACUCUCGUGAGAUGGUGGAAAAGAUUGCAACUCGUAUGGGUCCAUUGCGAAACACCUUUUAUGGAAUGACAUGGGAUGUUCGCACCGUUCCACAAGCGAAAAAUGUCGCAUAUACCAACCAGUUCUUGGGCUUUCACAUGGACCUCAUGUAUAUGAAUGAGCCUCCAGGAUAUCAACUGCUUCACUGUAUAGAGAACUCAUGCGAUGGUGGUGAAUCCCUAUUUGCCGACGGAUUCUGGGCUGCCGCACAGAUGAGAGAUCAUUUUCCCAAACAGUUCCACCUCCUUACCAAACUUCAGCUGGCCUACGAGUAUGUCCACGAGGAUCAAAUAUACUACAACCGUCGACCUAGCAAAACGUUAGUUCACCAGGAUGAUCCGGAUGCCACACGCGCCUUGUUGAAUCCGCGCAUCAUUGGACCAAAGACCUUCAGUUCGAUCAAAACUGCCCUUACACAUUUCACACGCUUCCUGGAACGACCAAGCAAUCACUUCCAGUUGAAGCUGAACCCUGGGGAAUGUGCGAUUUUCAAUAACAGACGUAUUGUUCAUGCGCGCCGUCAAUUUGACACUACUUCUGGCUCACGAUGGCUAGCUGGUGCAUAUGUCGAUACUGAUGCUGUGAAUUCUCGAUUUCACGUGUGCAAUAAGAAUCUUCCAGAGUUGUGGAACAAGACAAAUCCUCAUCAGCGAAUGAACCCUUUUGCUGGGGGGAUUGGAGUUGAAGAUUCCAUGACACAGGCUAUACAAGGUGCAUAUGCUAUGCAAGAUGAUAUGGCUAGGGAGGAAAGGCGUUUCAGGCAUGUAAAGAGGGAAAUCUCCGCAGAGGAGGAGCAAAUGGAAUAG